AAUAUAACAGGUGUAGAACUUGACCGUGAAAUUCUUGCUUACAGCCCGUCACAACGAUUCAAAGUUAAAAAAAAAAAUCAAACAUGGGGAUUGUAACAAGAGGAAUAGAAUACACAAUAAUAACACUAUAUACAGGGAUUACCAGUACCAGAUCAAUGUGCAGCAUAUACAGGGAUUACCAGAUCAAUGUGCAGCUAUAUACAGGGAUUACCAGUACCAGAUCAAUGUGCAGCUAUAUACAGGGAUUACCAGUACCAGAUCAAUGUGCAGCUAUAUACAGGGAUUACCAGAUCAAUGUGCAGCUAUAUACAGGGAUUACCAGUACCAGGUCAAUGUGCAGCUAUAUACAGGGAUUACCAGUACCAGAUCAAUGUGCAGCUAUAUACAGGGAUUACCAGUACCAGAUCAAUGUGCAGCUAUAUACAGGGAUUACCAGUACCAGGUCAAUGUGCAGCUAUAUACAGGGAUUACCAGUACCAGGUCAAUGUGCAGCUAUAUACAGGGAUUACCAGUACCAGGUCAAUGUGCAGCUAUAUACAGGGAUUACCAGUACCAGGUCAAUGUGCAGCUAUAUACAGGGAUUACCAGGUCAAUGUGCAGCUAUAUACAUGGAUUACCAGUACCAGGUCAAUGUGCAGCUAUAUACAUGGAUUACCAGUACCAGGUCAAUGUGCAGCUAUAUACAGGGAUUACCAGUACCAGGUCAAUGUGCAGCUAUAUACAGGGAUUACCAGUACCAGGUCAAUGUGCAGCUAUAUACAGGGAUUACCAGUACCAGGUCAAUGUGCAGCUAUAUACAGGGAUUACCAGUACCAGGUCAAUGUGCAGCUAUAUACAGGGAUUACCAGUACCAGGUCAAUGUGCAGCUAUAUACAGGGAUUACCAGGUCAAUGUGCAGCUAUAUACAUGGAUUACCAGUACCAGGUCAAUGUGCAGCUAUAUACAGGGAUUACCAGAUCAAUGUGCAGCUAUAUACAGGGAUUACCAGAUCAAUGUGCAGCUAUAUACAGGGAUUACCAGAUCAAUGUGUGGCUAUAUACAGGGAUUAUCAAUGUGUGGCUAUAUACAGGGAUUACCAGGUCAAUGUGUGGCUAUAUACAGGGAUUGCCAGAUCAAUGUGCAGCUAUAUACAGGAAUUACCAGAUCAAUGUGUGGCUAUAUACAGGAAUUACCAGAUCAAUGUGCGACUAUAUACAGGAAGUACCAGAUCAAUGUGCGACUAUAUACAGGAAGUACCAGAUCAAUGUGCAACUAUAUACAGGAAGUACCAGAUCAAGGAGAUAAAUGUGCAGGGUAAAGUGACAAGGCAUCAGGACAGACCAUAAUAAAAUAAAGU